AUGGCCCCAAAAGUUCUUGUCGUCCUUACCUCGCAGGCAAUGAUCCCGGCAAACAGCCACCCUAGCGGAUGGUAUCUACCUGAACUUGCCCACCCAUUUUAUAUUCUGAAUGGCAAGGUUGAUCUAACCGUGACGUCUCCUAAAGGUGGAGAAGCACCCUUAGCCCCUGACUCUAUCAAGCUCUCUCAGCACGAUGCAUUGAGCAUGAAGUUCUUGAAAGAACAGAGACCUCUCUGGAGCAAUACAGUCAAACUCCGCGAAAUCAUUCCCCGAGCAGAUGAGUUCGGCGCGCUCUUUUAUGUUGGGGGACAUGGGCCGAUGUUUGACUUGACCAACGAUGCCGAUAGCAUUGCCCUGAUCGAAAGAUUUGUGGCUGCUCAGAAGCCUAUCGCAUCUGUCUGCCAUGGCCCAGCUGUUCUUCUUAAGGCGAAGACCCCAUCUGGUCAAUCCAUUAUUGAUGGUGUUAGAGUGACAGGUCUGUCAAAUGCCGAGGAGGACGCUGUUGGUACAACUUCAGUUAUGCCAUUUCUAUUAGAAUCGGAACUGGAUCGUAUCUCUGGAAAAUAUGUAAAGGCAAAGCCUUUCAGCGAGAAUGUUGUUGUGUCUCGAUCGGCCGGUAACGGUUCGCUUAUAAUCACUGGUCAAAAUCCGGCGAGUGCUGCGGCUGUUGGGGAGGAAAUUCUUAAAGCCUUGAGCCUAUGA